UAAUUUUAUUAAAAUGUCUAAACUACAGAUGUUGUGUGUGUUUUUAAAUGAUCGUUUAUCGGCGGCUGCUGGGGAUAUUUUUGGGGCCGUUGAGAAAACGGUAGGAGAGUACCAGGAGGAGAAUGAUCGGCUACGGAGACUGCUGCGGAGGACACCAGAGAUACAACUAUGUCGAAUAGAACCCCUGCAGCCCUCUGUCUCUGAAGAGGAGGUUCCCCCUGAGCAGCAGCACUGUGAGCAGGAGUGGAGCCCCAGUCUGGGACAGAAGGACCCAGAGACCAAACAGAUUAAAGAGGAACAGGAGGAAGUCAGGACCAGUCAGGAGGAAGAGCAGCUUCAAGGGGUGGAGCCUGAUAUCAUACAGUUCAUAUUUACUCCUCCUUGUGUGAAAAGUGAAUGUGAUCUGGAGGACCCACGUCAAGAUCCCAUACGUGCUGAACACCCAACUCUCCUGAAAAUGUCUAAACUACAGUCGUUUCAAGAGUUUUUAAAUGAGCGUUUAACGGCGUUUGCUGCUGUGGAGAUUUCCGGGGCAUUUGCGAAAGCAGUAGCAGAGUACCAGGAAGAGAAUGAUCGGCUACGGAGACUGCUGCGGAUCACACCAGAGAUAAAACUAUGUAGAAUAGACUCCCUGCAGCUCUCUGUCUCUGAAGAGGAGGUUCCCCCUGAGCAGCAGCACUGUGAGCAGGAGUGGAGCCCCAGUCUGGGACAGAAGGACCCAGAGACCAAACAGAUUAAAGAGGAACAGGAGGAAGUCAGGACCAGUCAGGAGGAAGAGCAGCUUCAAGGUCUUGAGCCUGAUAUCAUAGAGUUCAAAUUCACGCCUUCCUGUGUGAAAAGUGAAUGUGAUCAGGAGGACCCACUUUGGUCCUUGACUCUUCCCCAAAUCCAGACUGUGGAGAACAGAGAGAGAGACUCUAAACCAGUGGAUCUCACACCUUUUGGAACUGUGACCCACAUUAAGGGUCUCAACAUUCCCUGUGACCCUCCAGAUAAUCAAAACAAUGCCUCCAGCCACAGUUCAGCUGUAAGCAGCUACACAGUAGGACUUGACAGCAGCCCACCAUUGGAUCCCAGUCCACCAUUUGAAAAACACUGUUCUAAACCCAGCACCACAUCUAGAAAAACUCACAGCUGUCGUGACUGUGGUGAAACAUUUGCUAAAAAAGCUGACCUGAAGAGACAUGUGACUCUCACCAAGAACAGACCCAGUGAAUGUCGGUUCUGCAAGAAAAGUUUCAACUCCACUUGUAAACUGAAGGCCCAUGUCCGACUCUGUCACUGUGGUAAACCCUGCACCUGCCCUGUUUGUGGAAUGACCUUCAAACAAAAAGGAGCCCUGUCCAAUCACAUGAGGAUUCACACAGGAGAGAAACCUUUUAAUAAUUCAUUUCCAUGUGGUGACUGUGGGCAAAGCUUCAAUGAGAAGGGACACCUAACUGAACAUAUACGGACUCACACAGGGGAGAAACCAUACAGGUGUGGUGACUGUGGGAAAAGCUUCAUUCAGAAGGCGGACCUAAGGAGGCAUAUACUGACUCACACAGGGGAGAAACCAUACAGGUGUGGUGACUGUGGGCAAAGCUUCAUUCAGAAGGCGGACCUAAGGAGGCAUAUAUGGACUCACACAGGGGAGAAACCAUACAGGUGUGGUGACUGUGGGCAAAGCUUCAAUGAGAAGGGGCACCUAACUGAACAUAUACGGACUCACACAGGGGAGAAACCACAUGGCUGCUCCGUCUGUGGUAAAGGAUUCACUCAGAAGUCUCAUCUGCUGAGGCAUGUGGAUAAAAUCCACAAAGGAAGAAAACAGGACAGAAACUGAAAGAGGAAAGAACAUUCGGACAAAGAGAUUGUUGGUCAGGUUAGUGAAUAAAAAGGUGUGUGGAUAAAGUCCACAAAGGAAGAAAACAGGACAGAAACUGAAAGAUGAAAGAACAUUCGGACAAAGAGAUUGUCUGUCAGGUUAGUGAAUAGAAAGGCAGGAUGUGGACAAAUCUCUUAGGAAGCAACAGUGAUGUGACCCUCAUCAAAUAUGCAGACGACAUGGCUGUGGUUGCUUGCCUGGAGGUCAAGUCCAUCUCCAGAUACUCCCAGUCCAUUGACUGCCUCUUGGCGUGGUUUGACAAUAUCUUAGGAGCUCAGUCUGGGUCUCAACUUACUAUUAAGACUCAGAAUAGUAGAAUACACCAGGUCCAAUUUAGACAUUUGGUUGUGCAUCAGCAGGUUGUCACUGACAGUCACUCAAUUAGCGAUGUCAGACCAAGCAAAAACAAGUCUUCAGAAAUGUUUGCAAUUGUAUAAAAAAAUGUAACCUUCUUUACUUAACUAUUCAGGUACAUCCUGUUUCCAUUGAUAAUCCUUGAUGUUUCUACAACUUGAUUGGAGUCCACCUGUAAACUCAAAUGAUUGGAUAUGAUCUGGAAAGGCACACAACUGUCUAUAUAAGGUCCCACAGAUGACAGUGCAUGUCAGAGCAAAAACCAAGGACCAUGAGUUCGAAGGAAUUGUCCUUAGAGCUCCGAGACAGGAUUGUGUCAAGGCACAGAUCUGGGGAAGGGUACCAAAAAAAUUCUGCAGCAUUGAAGGUCCCCAAGAACACAGUGGCCUCAAUCAUUCUUAAAUGGAAGAAGGUUGGAAUCACCAAGACUCUUCCGAGAGCUGGUUUCCCGGCCAAACUGAGCAAUCGGGGGAGAAGGGCCUUGUUCAGGGAGGUGACCAAGAACCCAAUGGUCUGUCUGACAGCGCUCCAGAGUUCCUAUGUGGAGAUGGGAGAACCUUCCAGAAGGACAACCAUCUCUGCAGCACUCCACCAAUCAGGCCUUUAUGGUAGAGUAGCCAGACGGAAGCCACUGCUCAGUAAAAGGUACAUUUAAAAAAAAAAAAAUUGUUUAACCUUUAUUUAACUAGGCAAGUCAGUUAAGAACACAUUCUUAUUUUCAAUGACGGCCUGGGAACAGUGGGUUAACUGCCUGUUCAGGGGCAGAACGACAGAUUUGUACCUUGUCAGCUCGGGGGUUUGAACUCGCAACCUUCCGGUUACUAGUCCAACGCUCUAACCACUAGGCUACGCUGCCGCGCCACAUGACAGCCCACUUGGAGUUUGCCAAAAGGUACCUAAAGGACUCUGACCAGGAGAAACAAGAUUCUCUGGUCUGAUGAAACCAAGAUCUAAAUCUUUGGCCUGAAUAUCAAGCGACACGUCUAGAGGAAACCUGGCACCAUCCCUACGGUGAAGCAUGGUGGUGGCAGCAUCAUGCUAUGGGGAUGUUUUUAGUGGCAGGGACUGGGAGACACUAGUCAGGAUCAAGGGAAAGAUGAACAGAGAAAAAUACAGAGAUCCUUGAUGAAAACCUGCUCCAGAGUGCUCAGGACCUCAGACUAGGGCAAAGGUUCACCUUCUAACAGGACAAAGACCCUAAGCACACAGCCAAGACAAUGCAGGAGUGGCUUCAGGACAAGUCUCUGAAUGUUCAUGUGUGGCCCAGCGAGCGCCCAGACUUGAACCCGAUCCAACAUCUCUGGAGAGACCUGAAAAUAUCUGUGCAGCGAUGCUACCCACCCAACCUGACAGAGCUUGAGAGGAUCUGCAGAGAAGAAUGGGAGAAACUCCCCAAAUACAAGGUGUGCCAAGCUUGUAGCGUCAUACUCAAGAAGUCUCAAGGCUAUAAUCGCUCCCAAAGGUGCUUCAACAAAGUACUGAGUAAAGGGUCUGAAUACUUAUGUAGAUGUGAUAUUUUAGUUUAUUUGUCAUCAAUUUGCUACAAUUUCUAAAAAAAAAAUCAGUUUUUGCUUUUUCAUUUUGGGGUAUUGAGUGUAGAUUGAUGAGAAAAACCAAAUGUAAUGUUAGAAUAUGGCUGUAAAGUAACGAUGUGGAAAAGUUGAGGUGUCUGAAUAUUUUCUGAAUGUACCGUGUAUAUAGAGGUUGGAGCUGCCAUACUAAAGCUCCUGUGAACCAGUUGUGGGGGGUUAAGUGCCUUGCUCAAGGGCAGAACAGCAGGUAUGGCAUCUAGGAUUUGAUACCAGCAACCACUCACUUGUCCAGUGGGAUUGGACCCCUCCGCUUGCGGUCUUGCCUCUCUUAACCACUAGACUGGUCUUGUCUCUCUUAAACUACGGUCUUGUCUCUCUUAACCACUAGACUACGGUCUUGCCUCUCUUAACCACUAGACUACGGUCUUGUCUCUCUUAACCACUAGACUACGGUCUUGUCUCUCUUAACCACUAGACUACGGUCUUGUCUCUCUUAACCACUAGACUAGUCUUGCCUCUCUUAACCACUAGACUGGUCUUGUCUCUCUUAACCACUAGACUACGGUCUUGCCUCUCUUAACCACUAGACUGGUCUUGUCUCUCUUAACCACUAGACUACGGUCUUGCCUCUCUUAACCACUAGACUACGGUCUUGCCUCUCUUAACCACUAGACUGGUCUUGUCUCUCUUAACCACUCGACUACCUUACCACCUGUUGGAGGAAAGUAUUGGAGGAAACUCACAGGUCCCCUGUUCAAAGUCUCUUGAUGUUUUAAAAACUGAAAUUCCUGAUUGUUUGUUUUGAUGAGAGAAUGGUCAGUCUGAUGUUAUUGAUACAUAAAAAAUAUCUCCUUCCAACUGUCCAAGAGUAUUUAUCAUAGAUUGUCCUAAUACUGCUAAUAAAUUAUAUACAGUUGA